GACCAUUAAUCUGCCAUUUUCAUUUGUCUGGAGCCAAACUGAGUGAAUGCUUUGACGUCCAUCCUCGUGUGGGCAGAAACGGUGAAGGCAUUUGACGUCUAUCUGACAAAUCAGGAGCUGGACACCUGUAAUUAAACUGUUCUGUUUCACCUGGGUCACUGGUCUGUGCACUGACGGCAGUGAGAAUGGUCACUCUGAGAAGAAUUUAUCAAAGGGUCUGUCGCCUGGCAAAGGUUAUAGCUCUGGAACAAAACAGGAAGUAUGACAAAUGGAGGUCCGUAACCAGUGGCACCGCAGCAGAUAAGAAGAGCCAGGCUGUAUCAGAUGGAGAACUGAACAUGUCUGCGCGGGGAUGUGGAAGCAGCAGCUCCAGUCUUCCAGGGACUCCGGGUGGAGAGGUCAGCCCGGCCAACAGCGUGCUCAGCUGGGCUGUGUCCUUCGAGAAGCUGUUGGAGGACCCCAGCGGGGUCCGAUACUUUACGUCUUUCCUCAUGUCUGAAGUGAGUGCAGAGAACAUCUUGUUCUAUCAGGCGUGUGAAAAGUUCAAGAAGAUAUUGGCCACCUCUGUGGAUGAGCUGAAAAGAGUGGCUCGCUCCAUCUACAACACCUACCUGUCUGACAGCGCCCCCUACUGCGUCAACAUUGAUGACACGGCCAAGAUAGAGGAGAAGGACUUGGAGCAGCCGACGUCUGACAUGUUCAACAAGGCUCAGUCUCAGAUAUUCAAGCUGAUGAAGAUGGACAGCUACAGGCGAUUUGUGCGCUCACCUCUUUACCAGAAGUGCACGUUGGCCAGUGUGGAAGGAAAAGUCCUGCCAGAGCUCUCUAAUGAGUCGACACGCUUGGGAUCAUGGGAAGACGUAGCUGUCAGAAGCCCAUUGCUCGGUGGCCCAAAGGACAAAAGACCAGACUCUACCAGUAGCAAAAAAAGAGGAUCCUGGGGAGAUGCGUUCAUGAGCCAGGACUCUCUCUCUCCAAAUGACACCCAUAUGUCAAUUAAAUCAACCAGCAGCGUGGAGCUUGGCUCCCUCUACAGACAAACAGAGAAUGGAAAGGCAAGUCUCCAGUCUUCAGUCCAGGCUAAAGGAGGGAGCAGUCGGGCAGAGGUGGAGCGAGGCUACUGCUGCGUUUACCUACCUGAUGGCAGUGCCUCCCUGGCCCCCACCCGCAGCGGCCAACCCAUCAAAGAGAUGCUGUCAAGUCUGUGUGAGAAGAGAGGCUUCCCUCUCAAGGAUGUCAUCAUUUAUCUUCACGGAAAGGACAAGCCCUUAUCUCUGGACCAGGACUGCUCAGUGCUGAGGGACCAGCAGGUCUCCCUGGAGCUCAGGGUGAUGUUUGCGCUGGAGAUUGCUUUUACGGGUAAGACACUGGGGAUCAUGGUGAAGUCCAGUAAGACGCUGCAGGACGCCCUCUCGCUGGUGAUGCAGAAGCAUCAUCUGAAGCCACAAGAGGCCGUGGUCACCAUGGUUGGAAGUGAUGUACCUAUUAACAUGAGUAACACUGUGUUCAAACUGGCCAAUAAGACGCUGCGACUUGACAAGGCCACAGGAAGAGACCAGAACCUUAUUCCCCGAGGCAGUGGUUCUGCUAAGACCACACAGGCAGCAGCAGCAGCAGCAGCAGUGAGUGGAGGAGGUGCGGAGGCCCAGGCGUCGGUGGACAGAGCCAAGACUCAGCCCAAGCCCAGUAAGAACCCCGACAUGGAUGGGCUCAUGGACAUGCUAAGCAGAGCGCAGUGCCUCAGGGUGGACGACCAGCGCGGCCUUUUGACCAAAGAGCAGCUGGAGAUACCUCUGUUCCUGCAGCUGCCAUCAGACCAGGGGCAGGACACGGGGGCAUCGGAAUCCACCGAGGCCGAGCCCAGCAUCAACUGCUCAAAAUCCACAGAGAAGUCAGAGGACCAGACACUGGAUCAUCAGUCUUCAGAUCCAGCUGCUGUGAUAUCUGAUUCAGCCAAAUCGGGACAUAAAGACGUAAAAGAAACGACGGUAUGAAAGACAACGGUCGCUCGGUGUUGGACAAAGAUCUGUGAAUAUUUGGCUCCGUGUUGCCAGUCAUGUGAAAAGAAAAAAAGUAUUUUACAAAAAACUAACCAAGCACUUUUUUUAAAAAAAGAAAGAAAACAGAACUAAAUGGAAUAAAGCUGUGAGACGGCAGUGUGCUUCACCUCCGACACACAACUGGAGUUUAAAGAAAAGAGCCGGCAAGCAUCUAGUGUCUUCUGAAAACACUACCUUCAUGUUUGCCAUCGGUUCUUCUAUCUCUUAUAUAUAUGUUGUUUUUUUUUAAUCUAAAACCCUUUUGUUCUAAAGUAGCUUUUCAGUGAUAUUUAAUGUUAUACAGUGUAAAGAGCAGCCUUUGUGUUUCUUUUAAACUCUAAAAUAUUUAAGCAUAGGAAAAAAAAAGUGACUGUCCAGGGGUGGUUAUGAAGUGUUUUGCACAAAUGUUUUGUUUAUCUCUUAAAUGUGUUACUUUUAUGGCUUUUUUAAAAAGAGAAAAUGUUAACUUAUGCUUUCAUUCUGUUUGUGUUUCCUUCUGAAAUAUUUGCAACGCGUGUGAUAUUGAGAAUCUUUGAGAUCUUUUUGAGAUUUAAUUUUGCUGUGAUGCUGUUUCACAUAAUCCUGGCUUCCUGUCACGUGUGCGGUUGUGGUAAUAUCACCGGGUUUACAAGAUUCACUAGGUUAAGGUGUUGUGAUGACCCAAAGAAAUAUCACCUGGUUCAAACAACGACGUAUUAAAAGGUUCAUGAUGAGACUCGAUCUUCUGUGUUCGCUGUGCUAACAAAUGUCACACCGUGUUUGGAGCUCGGGGUGAAGAUUCCCGCCUGAUCAGUGGUUUGGGAUUUGGUUUCAUAAGAUGUGAAUUCCGAGCCCUUUGAUCCACUCAUCUGUCUGUGUGAGUCAUAACGCGCAUUCUCUCAAAAAAAAAAAAAAGCUGCCACCAGCGACGUCACUAUUACACCGUGACAGGAGUGAUGGAGGGUGGGGUGGAUUAUCUCUGCCACGCCAUUGGCUGUGAGUGACCUGGUUGUAACCAAUGACAUGCUCCAGCUGUCCACUGACCUGUUGCUGGAUGGUGUUUGCGAGUCUUACAAAGUGUGUUUUAGUCACUGUGUGGGUAUUUUUUUUUUUUUCUCCCCACACAAGGGUGAUUCAGCAGCAUCUGUGGAUCAGAGUAAAAUGUUUUAUGUGCAGUAUUUGUCAGUGAAGUAGAGUAGAUGACCUCCUUUUGUCAGUGUUAAUGUGCAGCAUACAGUAUAACGCCACCUUGUCACUCUCACCUCCUGCUGUGCCAGCCUGCAUACAUUAGCAUGAAUAACCACCUGCUGUUAUAUGUAUUUAUGUGUGUCUCCAUGGAUGAGUGGUGUGUUGGUGGAGCUAUCAAUGAGCUGUGUGUGUGUGUCUGUGUGUGUGUCUCUCUCUCUCUCUCUCCCCUCUCUCUCAGGCACCACACCAGCAGUGAGAUGAGGAGCGGCGUCUACUCCACUGCACGUCUGCUUCACUGAGGGAAGAAAAGAGCAGGACGAGGGGAGAAAAGGAGCCAGUGUCCAGUGUCUACACUGAUCGUCUGCCCAAGUGAAACAAGUUCAGCCAUGGAACAGAAGGCAAGUGAGUGUCCCAGCAACACCUCCCCCCAGAAACACAUGAAGAACAGGUCCAAAUCAACCGAGGAGAUGCAACAGUCCAAGAAGGCUAUUGCUGCACAAAAGUCACUCCCGGGCAGACCAGAGCUGAGCAGAGUGAAGGAGUGUCCCGAUGGCUCAGACUCAACUUCCUCCUCCACUGAAGAAGUGAAGUGAUGAACCGACCGAUAAGACAUUACGGCAGAAAAGAAUUCAACACGAUUCAUAAAGAUGUAAAUAUGUCUACACACGGUGAACUACGUUAAAAACCACAUAGUCGGUGAUCAAAAAUACAUGAGGACCGCCAUCGUGAUGACGUCUAAUUGUUCUGUCAGUGUCAUCAUCUGUUCCUGAGAGCAUUAGUGGAAAAAAAAAACAGUCUUGGUCUAAAUGGAAUCCAUGAUAAAAUAAAAAAUAAAAAUU